AAGUGUCCUUGGGGUGAUUCAUGUAUGCCAUUGGCUAUGGGGGUUGGCCACAUUCCACCUUCUUAACAUACCUACGUAUAAACUAUACCUAGGAACCAAUAGUCCCAACCCAACAGAACUACACAGAAGAAAGGGUGAAUGCGCAGAAACAGAUUUGAAUGGACAAGGAGCUUGUGACAAUGAGGAAUCAAAUGAUGCUUUUUGUGCUGUUUUUGUUGAUAACGAGUAAGGUGACCACUGCUGAUUUUGUGAACACUUCAACAACUGAUGACCCUUCAACAACCCCUGUGAACACUUCAACAACUGAUGGCCCUUCAACAACCCCUGUGAACACUUCAACAACUGAUGACCCUUCAACAACCCCUGGCCCACUCUAUCCAUUUGGGGCUGGAGACACAGUGAGCUCCCGAUCCGAUGAUGGAAGUUCCCCUCCUAUAACCCUGGAGCAGCCAUUUGUUUAUUUUGGAAAACCGUAUCAACAGAUACACGUGAACCACAAUGGACAUCUGACCUUCAAUGCAGCAUUUACCAGUUACACACCAUACCGAUUCCCUGCAUUUUCCUCAAGAGAUCUGAUUGCUCCAUUUUGGACCGAUUUGGACAACAGGCGGAAUGGUACCAUCUCUUACCGGCAGUACAGCAGUGGCAGUGUUCUUCAACAGGCCACACAAGAUAUUAAUCAGUACUUCCCAAAUCUGGGCUUCUCUGUUAAUUGGGUCUUCGUUGCUACCUGGGAUAAGGUUCCCUACUACAACACUUUUGGAACAGAAAUCACCUUCCAAGUGGUUCUGAUUGCUGGUGGCCAAUCCUCCUUCAUCCUGAUGAACUAUGGGGAGAUUGCACCAACAACUCAAAAUAUUCAGGCUGGCUAUGACACAGUCAACUCCAUCCACUACUUCUCCAUCCCGGGGUCAUUUCAAAGCAACGACACAACAUUCAGUUACACCAGCAAUGUCAAUGUCGCUGGUCGCUGGGCCUUCCAGACAAAUGCGACCACUUCAACAACUGAUGGCCCUUCAACAACACCAGUGAACACUUCAACAACUGAUGACCCUUCAACAACCCCUGGCCCACUCUAUCCAUUUGGGGCUGGAGACACAGUGAGCUCCCGAUCCGAUGAUGGAAGUUCCCCUCCUAUAACCCUGGAGCAGCCAUUUGUUUAUUUUGGAAAACCGUAUCAACAGAUACACGUGAACCACAAUGGACAUCUGACCUUCAAUGCAGCAUUUACCAGUUACACACCAUACCGAUUCCCUGCAUUUUCCUCAAGAGAUCUGAUUGCUCCAUUUUGGACCGAUUUGGACAACAGGCGGAAUGGUACCAUCUCUUACCGGCAGUACAGCAGUGGCAGUGUUCUUCAACAGGCCACACAAGAUAUUAAUCAGUACUUCCCAAAUCUGGGCUUCUCUGUUAAUUGGGUCUUCGUUGCUACCUGGGAUAAGGUUCCCUACUACAACACUUUUGGAACAGAAAUCACCUUCCAAGUGGUUCUGAUUGCUGGUGGCCAAUCCUCCUUCAUCCUGAUGAACUAUGGGGAGAUUGCACCAACAACUCAAAAUAUUCAGGCUGGCUAUGACACAGUCAACUCCAUCCACUACUUCUCCAUCCCGGGGUCAUUUCAAAGCAACGACACAACAUUCAGUUACACCAGCAAUGUCAAUGUCGCUGGUCGCUGGGCCUUCCAGACAAAUGCGACCACUUCAACAACUGAUGGCCCUUCAACAACACCAGUGAACACUUCAACAACUGAUGACCCUUCAACAACCCCUGGCCCACUCUAUCCAUUUGGGGCUGGAGACACAGUGAGCUCCCGAUCCGAUGAUGGAAGUUCCCCUCCUAUAACCCUGGAGCAGCCAUUUGUUUAUUUUGGAAAACCGUAUCAACAGAUACACGUGAACCACAAUGGACAUCUGACCUUCAAUGCAGCAUUUACCAGUUACACACCAUACCGAUUCCCUGCAUUUUCCUCAAGAGAUCUGAUUGCUCCAUUUUGGACCGAUUUGGACAACAGGCGGAAUGGUACCAUCUCUUACCGGCAGUACAGCAGUGGCAGUGUUCUUCAACAGGCCACACAAGAUAUUAAUCAGUACUUCCCAAAUCUGGGCUUCUCUGUUAAUUGGGUCUUCGUUGCUACCUGGGAUAAGGUUCCCUACUACAACACUUUUGGAACAGAAAUCACCUUCCAAGUGGUUCUGAUUGCUGGUGGCCAAUCCUCCUUCAUCCUGAUGAACUAUGGGGAGAUUGCACCAACAACUCAAAAUAUUCAGGCUGGCUAUGACACAGUCAACUCCAUCCACUACUUCUCCAUCCCGGGGUCAUUUCAAAGCAACGACACAACAUUCAGUUACACCAGCAAUGUCAAUGUCGCUGGUCGCUGGGCCUUCCAGACAAAUGCGACCACUUCAACAACUGAUGGCCCUUCAACAACACCAGCUUCUACAUCUGAUGAGCCUUUCGCAAUUGAUGACUUCUGCAUAGAUUCCAUUUUUUGUAAAGGACAGGGUUUGACUGGUUCCGUUUAUAUGCUGAGCACUUUGUUAAUUCUGGUGUUUCUUACCAUUUUAAAUAAUUGAUUCUUACUUUGUUGCAAUCAAGGGAGUGGUUUUAUUGGCAGCCGUAGUGCAUGUGCUAUUCGUUCGAGAGAUUUCUCUUUCAAAGUGAAGGCUGGAGUGCACUGGAAGAAUGAGAGUGGGGAAGGAGGGAGCCUAUUGUCUAAUAUUCUAAACAGUAUUGUAUGUGCAGUUGCGCCUUUGAGUUACUCCAGAUCCACUCCCAUUUUGCUUGGGCCCUUCUUCCUGGGUGUUUUAAUGGGCUUAGCUAUUGUAUUGAUUUAUUUGUGUAAAUGGAUAACUUGAAAUAUAUUUACCUAUUCAUUAAAGUGGCAAAUUCCAAUAGAAACAAACUGAUCACUGUGCCACUUUUUGAUAAAUGGUUGAGGAAUGGGGCUGGAGAAAUGUAACCCAAAUUCAUAGAUGGAUCUAUGGGUGCAAGGACUGACUGAUAACUAUGUUACUCUGUUGCCGGACAGCGGUUGAUUCAAAGCAGGAGCAACACAGAUGUGCACUCCUGUCAUUUAGAUUGAGUUGUGUUGAUUUAGUUCUGAGAGUGUUUGAUGUUUUUAUUAUUUUGUAUCAUUGUUUUGGCCAAGCAGAGUGAUGGUAAUUACAUUAGGGUAAUUAUUGACAUCUGGAUCUGCCCUGGGAAGGAAAAAGUUGGAAAUAUUCUUACUUAUGGGAGCAAUUGUUAACCAAUCUGCUGACAUACAUUUUCUAUGUCAUUAUGGUAUUUUCUAGGCUUAUAGACUUAGAUUAGUGAGUAUCUUUUUACAUUGAAGCCUCCCUAUAUUUUCUCCUUGACAACUGUAAUUAACCUGAUUACUUUUAAAUAUAUACUGGAAGUCUGA